AUGAACACUGAUAUAGAUUUUUUUGAUCAAAGAAACUAUAAAAUUAGUAAAUUCUUUGCUUCUGUUAUCGGUACAUGGCCAUACCAUAGUAAACUACGAAAUAGAUUAAUCAUUUUUUUGUUUAUUGUUUUCUUCAUUGUUGAAGGAAUUCCAAAAGUUUUAGCCUUAAUAGUUCAUGCUAAUGAUUCAAGAGUUAUGUUGGAAGCAAUCUCUAAUUGGGCAGCCAAUGUGAUGAGUAGUGUUAAAUUCAUGAAUAUGAUAUUUCGUGAGAAAAAGCUGAAAAAACUUUUUGAAAGAAUGAAAUCUGAUUGGAAUACUUUGCUGAAUGAUCAAGAAAGAAGUAUAUUGGAAAGUUAUGCAGAUACAGGAAGAGUGUUGGCUACAGGAUAUGCAGCGUCUGUUUUAGCAACUACCUUGAUGUUUGUACUAGAGCCAGCUAUACCUCAACUUCAAACUUUACUGUUCAAUGCUACAAAAGAACCAGUCAAGUUUGCUAUUCCUUUGGAAUAUAUCAUAAUUGAUAAAGAAAAAUAUUAUUGGAUUUUAUUAAGUGUUUCUAGUACGUGCAUUAUGGGCAUAGUUACUUGUAUUGUAUCGUCAGAUGUUGUUUUUAUUGUAUUCCUACAACAUGCCUGUGGAUUAUUUGCAGUUGUAGGCCAUCGACUUGAAAACUUUGAAAAAAAUGAAACCUAUGAUGAAAGAGAACGUGAGUCUUCUGCUUCAAAAAGGAGAGAUUACGAAGCUGAACAUGCUGCCAAAUGUAUUGUAAGCCACCAUGAAGCAUUAAAAUUUGCGGAAAUUCUUGAAGCAACCUAUAUUUGGUGUUUUGGCAUCGUUGUUUUGGCAAGCUUACCAAUGUUGAGUGUGACAGCAGUUCAGGUAAUGGCACCAGGAAAUACUGUUCAAGAGUUGAUGAAAUAUGCAAUGUAUGCAGGUGUUCAAUUGCUACAUCUAUUUUUCGAUUGUUUUUUAUCACAAAAACUGACUGAUCACAGUUUAAACAUUCAGGAACGAAUAGCUUAUGGGCGAUGGUACAACAAUUCAAUAAAAUCUAAAAAAAUUUUGGUAUUCAUAACGAUGAGGAGUCAAUUGCCAUGUUAUUUAACUGCUGGAAAAGUGAUUAUUUUAUCAAUCGAAAAUUACGCAAAGAUGGUCAAAACUGCUGCAUCAUAUUUUACGGUCUUAGUAUCAACGCAAUGA